AUGACCAUGGCCAUCGUAACUGGAUUAUUCUCUGCAAAUGUUUUUAACUUUUUCUUACAACAUCAUCGAUGGGGUUGGCGUCUAUCUAAUGGAAUUAUUCUCAUUGUUCCAUUGAUUCUUCUCAUUGGUAUCUUCUUUUGUCCUGAAACACCUCGAUGGUUGUUUAAGAAGAAAGGUCGACAACAGGCAGAAAAAAGUCUAAAACGUAUCCGAUGUAUACCUGAUGUCACGGCUGAAUUAGAUGCCAUUGCCGAUGCCAUACGCGAAGAAGGAAACGAGCUUUCAAUCAAAGAAUUACUGACAACGAAGAAAAUGUUGAAAAGACUCGUUGUUGGAAUGGAAAUUCACAUUUUCUUACAGAUGUCAGGGAUCAGUCCGAUCUUUGCCUUCGGUGGCAUGAUUUUCGAAAGUGUUCUCGGCUCAGGUUUUAUCUCCUUAUUAAUCCUUUCGGGUGCAAAUAUGUUUAGUACAAUACCAGCCUUAUUCUUAUUCGAUAAAAUAGAACGACGAAAUUUACUCAUUUUCUGUGGAUUAGGUAUGGUAUUGGGUCAUUUUAUGGCAGCCACUGUAUUUCGCACUGGCUGUACUGUUGUCAAAACAAUCGUAGAUAAGAUUGUUGUUCAUGAAGAUGUUAAUUGUGGCUCGUAUGCAGGCAUUCUAAUGCUUAUUGCUACGGUGAUCUAUAUUAUUUGUUUUGCGCUUUCUUGGGGAGCGAUCUGUUGGAUUUAUGCUGCAGAAAUCUUUCCUCUUAAUGUUCGAGCUCGAGCUAUGUCAUUUACAACGGCAAGCCAUUGGUUUAUGUGUAUAAUUAUGGCCUACAUGUUGGAAUUGAUAGAACCUAUUGGUGUGCAUGGGGUUUUUUAUCUGUUUGGUAGUUUAUGCCUUUUAGCUGUUGUUUUUGUGUAUCUUCUGUGUCCAGAAACGAAAGGAGUUUUAUUGGAAGACAUUGAAGAAGUGUUCGACGAUUUUAAGAUGAAAGAUCGAAGAAUAGUUAAGAGAUUACGAUGUCAAUAA